AUGGGGGAGACGCACGCAGCACUGAACCCCAUGAUGACGGGAACUAGUCGUACCCGAGACACCCGCAGCGUGGUCCUUUUCCAGUUGAUUCGCGCCAAACUUGUCGAAUAUAACGAAUCGCUUGUGCGACAGCUGGUGGACGAGCGAGAGGCGGUGCGAGCAGCAGCAGCCAGCGUAGCGCAAAUGUCUGAGCAUAGAAAGGAGGACGGCGGGAGGAGCAGGAUCGAGCCAAAGAAGAAGGAGUCAGUGCUCGCUGAUGGUGGAGCUGGAGCGUCGGUGCAAAAGCAGGCCGACAAUGGUCAGAGCAUCGUUCGAGCGGGUUGCACUCCUCUUGCAAGCCGUGCGAUUGCGGAAAAGUCGGAGCAAGUGAUGGGUGAACAGCCAUGUGAAGAGAUUGUAUUGAAAAAGCGGCGGCUGGCAGAAGCACAGGUGCACGUAGAAGCUCGAGUCGAGAUGGACCGAUCGCCUGUCAAAAAGACAAAGACAAGUCACGAAGAGCACCAGCAGCAUAAUGGAAAGUCUGACAGGCAGGAAUCUUUUGCAAUGAGCGCCACGGAGGACAAAUUAAAAAGGGCUGCAAUUGAUCACCAGCAAGUUCUGACCCAAAACACCUUGCACUGUGUUGCGCGGACGUCGACCCCUCCGAGCAAGUAUGUUAUGCAAAAGAGGCGGGAAGAGGAAUCUUCAGAUCGCGAAGCUGCUCGCUACCGGCAACAGCCAGUUCCGCUAGCUUCACCAGCAAGUACGAACGAAGUUUUGCGUGUUGAACGUUCUCUGACAACGCCCCGAAGCUCUCUAGUUUCCGCAGAUGUGAAUAUGAAGUUUGAGCACAGACUGCGCGAGUCUGUGCGUCUUCGCCGGGAAGUGAAUCAACGCAGCCUGCCUGUGACGAGGAAACGACAAUUGCCGCGCCUGGUAACACCAGCGCGUUGCAAGACUCACUGGGACUGCUUACUAGAGGAGAUGAAAUGGAUGGCGACAGAUUUUACGCAGGAACGUAACUGGAAGCGAGUGCUGCAAUAUCGGCUUGCGGCUGACGUGAUGGUUGCGCAAAAUUUAGGCAGCGUACGUCAGGAACUAGACAAUCGUCAGACGACGCGUAGCGUUGCUCUACAGAUCUCGGCAUUCUGGCGCACGAUGGAACGGAUUGCUGCAAGGUCACGAGUGCGUCUUGAAGCUGCAGGCGAUCGUUCAGCUCGUGGUGAUUUGGAUGAUGCUGCCACAGGUGAGCACGCCACAGUUCAGGAAGAUCAUCGCAAACACGACGAUCUUGAAGUGGUUGGUGUGGGUGAUGAUACUUUACCCUUGAAGUACCAUACCAUCGAUAUCGCAACUCGCGGCGAGGUCGAUGUAAGGAGUGAUGGAAAAGAGGCGGUGCAAGCAGAAGCAGUGCUAGCAACUGCUAAAGCACACAUGAAUUAUAUCGUGAGUGCAGGCAAGCGAGCGCGCAGUGCUAUGACCUCUUUGUCAACCGGAUGUGCGAACACAAAUAGGUCUACAGCACGGUCUCUACGUGAGGUGGCAUUUCGAGAUUUGCAGGCACGGUGUACUGCAUCGCAGGUGAAAGGAGGGUCCACCAUUAUUCUAGCCGCUUUCCAGCUUCUGGCAUUGAGGUGGAUGUUGGACUUGUACUCGAGUGGCCUCAACAUAUUUUUGAAUGACCAAGUCGGCAUGGGCAAAGCAGCCACGAUUGUUGCUUUCUUUAGCUUGAUUGAGAUUGCGUCUUCUCAUAAACAUAGGCAGCAGAAAGAAAGCAGUUCGGUUUGUUCAUCCACCACAGAGCGUGCACGGGCUGAGAACACAAAAGGUCCGCAUCUGAUAGUCGUAUCAGACGACGAGCUCCACAAAUGGCGGCAUUAUCUUCGGAUCUGGCACCCAGAUCGGCGUAUUCAGCUUUAUGAUGGCGCUGGCAAAACGUUACGUUAUAGGAAACGGCUACAACGGGAAUGGGAGACUAAGCUUCGAGCUCAAGCUCACAAAGGUGAAGACGAUUUUCUUGUAGCCUCACUUAAUGAUGACGAUGGUGAAGAAUUGGACGACGAUGAGCGUGCUGAACCUGUUUACUGUGUGCUGUGCCCCGUAAAUGCAUUCAAUGAAGACCGACAAGCUUUUAUGGCGUUUCCAUAUUGGCAGAUGGUCGUUGUAGAAAACGAGCAUGGUGGUUGUUUCGAUGACCCAAUUUGUGUGUCUGCGCUGCAACAGCUUCGGCAACACCAGCGUCGAGUCUUGUGUAAUGGUCAGUCGAUUGAGAACUGGAAAAGCAUUGCACUACGUUUGCAGUACGCAGAAUUUUUGGUGCGAGAAGCCCCUGCUCUUGAUGAUAGCAACGUGCGUAAAAGUCAUCAGCAUCGAACAGAAUGCUGGCCUAAACAGGGUCUUCAGGUGGAGAGGUCAUCUGUGGCAGCGGUGAUGGAAGCGUACGGCAAAUCGUCAAGUGUCCAUAGGGCUUUGUGGAAGGCGUCCUCCCAGAAGGACGUUACUCCGCGACAUUUGAAUGCUUUACUGUUGGCCAUGUCUUGCCUCAGUUUGCGGCGUGUUCGCAGUGAAGUCGAGCCGGAGUUACGCAAGAUUGAGGAGAUCAGCUUGGGUUGCCAACUUAGCCAGUCCCAGAGCAUGCAAUACCGAAACGAGCUUGCCGGAUUCACUGCAACACUGGACAGUGCCAGUGGCCGUGAACAGCGGCUGAGCGUCUGGCUGCAACUUUUACUGCGUUUACGUCGGAUCUGUAAUUGCGUUGAUCUUGUGAGCGAUAUGGACAAGCUGGCGCACGCUGAUUUACGGCUGCUGACUAGUUGUUCUGCGAAAAUAGAGGCAUUGGAACCAGUGCUACGUCGACUGGCGCUUCAAGAAGGCAAGAAAGUGGUGAUAUAUUGCCAGUUCCAUGGCAUGUUUCCUGUCUUAGAGCUUCUGCUUUCUCUGCUGAACAUUAGUUGCGUGUGCAUUACCGGCUCGCGCGCCAUGCAACGUCGUGCACUCUACCAUUUUGCUGAUCGCCCAGUUGUUCGUGUGGCGCUCGCGUCAACUCGGCUGUCCACGUCGGACGGCAUUCAGGCAGCGUCAGUAUAUGGUGGUGAAGCCAUUGUGGUCGUUGAUGGUGACUGGAAUGCAACAUGUGACGCAAAACUUCGGGCAAGCUGGGCCAAAUUGGCUGCUUGUGGUGCGGACACUCUUCCAGUGUACCGACUGCACUGUGAGAAUACUGUCGAGGCAUCGUUGCUGAGCGUGGGAGCUUCUCUCACUGAAAAAGUAUUCGGCAAAAUGAGUCCAUUAGAAUUGCUUGCAGUACCGUCGGACAUGGCGUCGAUGAUUGAGAAACCUAGCUGGUGGUCUUUGACCAGUAGUAGUUUGAAUGGGCUGACGGCCGGUGGGCUAACAGUCGAUCUUGCCAGUGUGGCUGACGAGGUGGAAAGAAAUGAAAAGUAUUGCGGCGGUCCUAAUGAGUUGGAAGUACCUCUCAUUGUACACAACGUGGACUUGCAUGCAGAGGAGCAUCUUCUGCUGGCUAAUACGGACGAGCUAACUCCCGUCGAAUGGUACGCUGUUGACUACGUCCACGGCAUUACCGACAAAAAACAGCAAAGAAGUGACGAGAGGAGAGCUGAGCGAGUCGUUGCAAGCAUUGAAGACGAAAGUAGUCAUUCUUGGAAUGAAAGUGGCACGUUGUUACAAUCGAACCAGCGCUCAUUUGAUAACCUUGCUGUCUUACAGGCUAAACGUCUGUGGCAAGAAGGUGAUGCCGCAGCGCAACUUUUUACAGUGUCAAAACUCGCAAUGGUACAGUGGAUAAAAGCGCGCUUGAAGAACUGUUCAUGCAGAUGCGCAUGCAAGGCAUGGAAACGUGUUUUGAUGUCUACGAGCCCCCACGAGUACCUCGCUUGGGGACCGCAAGAUUACAGCCAGUGGUCCUGUUUUCAACAGCUGCUUCGAGCAUCGACACUCGGAUGA